UCCUCCUCCCGCAGCUCGGGGGCCUCCUGCGCUCCGGACUCCACGCACAGCUCUCGCUUCUCUUUCCAGACUGUUCGGGAACCCGAAGACCCCCUGAUUGCACAGGCCCCGGGACGACCGAGCUGAUGGCGUCUUCCACCCCUUCUUCUUCGGCAACCUCCUCCAACGCGGGAGCGGACCCUAAUACCGCCAACCUGCGCCCCACAACCUAUGACACCUGGUGUGGAGUGGCCCAUGGAUGCACCCGGAAAUUGGGGCUCAAGAUCUGCGGCUUCCUGCAGAGGACUAACAGCCUGGAAGAGAAGAGCCGGCUCGUGAGCGCCUUCAAGGAGAGACAGUCCUCCAAGAACCUGCUUUCCUGUGAGAACAGCGACAGGGACGGUCGCUUCCGGCGCACAGAGACUGACUUCUCCAACCUGUUCGCUCGAGAUCUGCUUCCAGCGAAGAAUGGUGAGGAGCAGACCGUGCAGUUCCUCCUGGAAGUGGUGGACAUCCUCCUUAACUAUGUCCGCAAGACUUUCGACCGUUCCACUAAGGUGUUGGACUUCCACCACCCACACCAGCUGCUGGAGGGCAUGGAGGGCUUUAACCUGGAGCUCUCAGACCACCCAGAAUCCCUGGAGCAGAUCCUGGUUGACUGCAGAGACACCCUGAAGUAUGGGGUUCGCACGGGUCAUCCUCGAUUUUUCAAUCAGCUCUCCACUGGAUUGGAUAUCAUUGGUUUAGCUGGCGAGUGGCUGACAUCAACUGCCAAUACCAAUAUGUUUACAUAUGAAAUUGCACCCGUGUUUGUUCUUAUGGAGCAAAUAACACUUAAGAAGAUGAGAGAGAUAGUUGGAUGGUCAAGUAAAGAUGGUGAUGGAAUAUUUUCUCCUGGGGGAGCCAUAUCCAACAUGUACAGCAUCAUGGCCGCUCGCUAUAAGUACUUUCCGGAAGUUAAGACAAAAGGGAUGGCAGCUGUGCCCAAACUGGUCCUCUUCACAUCAGAACAUAGUCACUAUUCCAUAAAGAAGGCUGGGGCUGCACUUGGCUUUGGAACUGACAAUGUGAUUUUGAUAAAGUGUAAUGAAAGGGGGAAGAUAAUUCCAGCUGAUUUGGAGGCAAAAAUUCUGGAAGCCAAACAAAAGGGAUAUGUCCCUCUUUAUGUCAACGCAACUGCUGGCACCACUGUCUAUGGAGCUUUUGAUCCAAUACAGGAGAUUGCAGAUAUUUGUGAGAAAUACAACCUUUGGCUACAUGUUGAUGCUGCCUGGGGCGGUGGGCUGCUCAUGUCCAGGAAGCACCGCCAUAAGCUCAGCGGCAUUGAAAGGGCCAACUCUGUCACCUGGAACCCUCACAAGAUGAUGGGUGUGCUGCUGCAGUGCUCCGCCAUUCUCGUCAGGGAAAAGGGAAUACUCCAAGGAUGCAACCAGAUGUGUGCAGGAUAUCUCUUCCAGCCAGACAAGCAGUAUGAUGUCUCCUAUGACACCGGGGACAAGGCAAUUCAAUGUGGUCGUCAUGUGGACAUUUUCAAGUUCUGGCUCAUGUGGAAAGCAAAGGGUACAGUGGGAUUUGAAAAUCAGAUCAACAAAUGCCUGGACCUGGCUGAGUACCUCUAUGCCAAGAUUAAAAACAGAGAAGAAUUUGAGAUGGUUUUUGAUGGUGAGCCUGAACAUACAAACGUCUGUUUCUGGUAUAUUCCACAAAGUCUCCGGGGUGUUCCAGACAGCCCUGAGCGACAGGAGAAACUGCACAGGGUGGCUCCCAAAAUCAAAGCACUGAUGAUGGAGUCUGGAACGACUAUGGUGGGCUACCAACCUCAGGGAGACAAGGCCAACUUCUUCCGGAUGGUCAUCUCGAACCCUGCUGCCACCCAGUCUGACAUCGACUUCCUCAUUGAGGAGAUAGAAAGGCUGGGCCAGGACCUGUAAAUCCCUCCCAAGAACCCAAGUCUACAGGAAUUCUCUGCCCCCUCUGGCAUUCUAGAACAACCUCUAUAUGUUGCUGAACCACUUAGGCCAUUUCACAGAGGGGAACACAUGCUCUCUUGAAGAUUACUGUUAAAAACCUUACAUAUGCUUGUUAGAGUUAGCUGGAAAUAACGUUCUUUCUAAAAAGUCACACAUUAGGAGCACAGUAUAUAUGUACAGUUCUAAAUACCUCUCUCAUCCGUGUGUGUAGUGAGUGGGACUUAAUCAUAGAUUACAGCAUGUCUCUCGUUCCACAUGAAAUCACUCCAUCUCCAGCGGUUACUGGGGGGCCAUACAGGCUGCAAACCAGCUUGCCCAGGAACCACAGGACAGAUGUUUCCUUGUAAAUGUCAUGUCAUAGGGACCAGGGGAAAUGAUGGUGGUGAUCACUGACAUUUGUGUCAGUUUCUCCCACCUUCUGAAGCACUAAUGGAUGUCAAGAGACACCCCCUACCCAUUAGUCUCCUAGUAGGGGAAGUUGUAGCUGAGUCUUUGUUACGUGUGUGCUACUGCUGUGUUUUUAGAGUUCAUUUCUGUAGAUUGUGUAUAUUACUGUCAUCAGCCCUUGGGUUACGGGGGGGGGGGGGGGAGAGGAAUAAUGCACAUGAUGAUCAAUAACUGUUUAAUUGUAGGUAAAUGAAAUAUUCGCUUAUUUAUAUUCAGAGAUUUAUUGUGUUAAAGAGAUGUCUGUUUUAUCUUCUCAUUUGUAAGGUACUUUAUUUAUAUAUUAAUGAAGUGAGUUCUGAAAACUGUUUAUGGUAUUUCUGUGCAUUUGUGAGCCAAAGAGAAAGAUGAAAAUCAGUGAGACUUGUAUUUCUAUUAGAGUGCCCUUAAAAUUUAAGCCUAAGUUUACUGUCUGUAAGAGAAUUCUGAUAUUGUACAUAGAGCCUAUCUAUGGAAAUCCCAUUACUGAAGUAACCCCUGCUCUUCUAUUACCUUCUCUAUCUGCCUGUCUGUCUGGUGUUCUCAAAGCUUUUCUAGUAAGUGUUGGAUAAUAACUAGAUCUGUAAUUUUUUAGUAGCUCAUGACCAAUCUCUGUGACUCGCUUCGCUCCAACCUAAGGCAGUGUUUUCCGAAGACCUUCUGAAAAUCUCAGAUUAACUGACCAGGCUCGCAACUGUUUUUGAAGAAAGGAAAUUCACACUGUGCGUUUUAGAGUAUGCAAGAAGAAUAUAUAAAUAAAAGUGUUCUCCGUGGAGAAUUUGAACAAGA